AUGGCACCAAAACAAAUGGAAUCAAUUGAAUUAUCAAACAUAGUCAAUGAAAAUGAUAAUAAUUCCGAUUCAGAUAUAAGUCCAAAUGAUAGUGAAGUUGAAAUACUUAUUCCUGAUCAAAAUCGUUCACGAUAUAACAAAACAACAUUAUCGACUAUAUUUGAUCAUAAUGAAGAAAAAUGGGGUCUUCUAUUAUGGGGUGGUCUUCUAAUACGAAUUUGUGAGCGAGAUGAUGCGAAUUUUUUAGAAGGUAAUGCUAAAAUGGAAUUAUAUGUAUUUAAAGAAAUAACUGAAAUUUAUAUACUUGUUCCAGCUUUACUUGGUUUAAAAGGAAAUCUAGAAAUGACAUUAACAUCACGUUUAUCUACACAAGCUAAUAUCGAAAAUAUAAUUUUAACACAAUUACGAAUUAUUAUUGUUGAUUUUCUUGCUACUCUUGUAUUGCUUGCUAUGGGAUGUAUGCCUCAAGGACAUUUUAAUUUACGACAUGCACUUGUUUUAUGUAAUAGUAGCGUUUCAACAGCAUCAAUUACUUCGUUAGUAUUAGGUGUAGGCGAUAAUUUAGUAGCUGUUCAAGCAAGUCGAUUAUCUACUACACUUCAUCAACAAGGCAAACCAGAAGAAUUUCAAAAUACUACACAAUAUCAUGCUUCAAAAUUUUGUCCUGAUCCAUAUAAAAUAUUUUGUUCAACUAAAAGUAACUCAUCAACAACACGUGUUUUAUUAUUUCUGGAUAUACGAGGUCAUUUAACAUUUGUUUUCAUUAUAUCAUGA